AUGGAGAAGGAAAUCGAUGUGGACACCGCAACACUGCAACUACCCGCUGUAGAUAUCGAUAUCGGCAUCCCAGCAGCCCCAGCAGCCAAUCUUUUCGUACCACCUCUUCCGAUUUCAAAGAAUUGUGUUUGGAAGACAGUUAAGGCGGAGAGUGGUGUUGAUGUUGAGAUCGCGGUUGAUGUGUACUUGCCGGCGCCGGCUCUGACGCCAGGCCCAACUUUGUCCGCAAUUUCAAGUUCGUCAAGCAAAUGCAAGCCUGGAAAUGGAGAUGGAAAACUCCAAGGCAAAUGCAAAGGGAGUGAUAGUGCAAAAGGUGACCAUCAGCUCCUCCCCAUCAUGCUCUUCAUCCACGGCGGCGCCUGGCUCGGCUCCAACCGCUCAGACUACUGCCGGCCACUGUUCCACCAGUUCCUUGAGCUCGGCUUCGUGGUUGCGUCUAUGGAUUACAGACUUAGACCUGAGACGAAUUUGGAGGGGCAGUUGGAGGAUGUUAGGGAUGUGGAGGGGUGGUUGAGAGGUAGUGGUGGUGGAUUGGGUGAGGUGUUGAAGGGUAUGCGGAUGGAGAUAGGUGGCAGGGGAAGUGGGAUUCGUGUUGAUGUGGAGAGGGUUGUCGUUGUGGGUGCGUCGGCGGGUGCGCAUUUGGCGUUGUUGACUCCUAAGCUAUGGACCAAACCUCCCUCUGCUAUUCUCUCUAUGUAUGGACCUACCACUAUCCAUUCUCUGCAGUAUCAACAAAAAGGCCGAUUCUCCAAACGUUGCAGUCUCCCUUGCACGGCGGAGACACUGGCUGCUGCUACGAACUAUGCGCUACCACCUACGGAGAAGAAAAUUAGUCAGACUGGUCAAGAUAACUACAGACCUCGCAACAUCAUGGCACGACACCUUUUUGAAAGCGGGAUGAUGGCCGAAUUUCUGAUCAAGGGGUUAGUGAGGGGGAAAGAGGGCGAGUUAUGCUUCCCUGAACGAGGAAGCGCGACUAAAGAGGAGAUCGACUCAAUCAGCCCAAUCCACCUCCUCACCACACGCCAACACCCCUACCCACCAGUCUACCAAGUAAUGGGCACGUCCGACGACGUCUUCGACCCCUUACACGUCCACGAUUUCCACGAUGAGCUCAACAAACAAGGUAUCCCAGCUCACAAAGUCCUUGUUCCGAAUGUGUUGCAUGCGUUUGAUAUCCUUGCGGAGAUAGGUGGUGAGGUUGAUAGAGAGAUUGUAGGGCCGGCUGUUAGGUGGGUGGCGAGGUGGGUGGGUGUUGAAGAGGAGAUGUGA